AUGUCUAUUGCAAUAAUGAAGAUUAUACAGUUGACACUCUGUUUUGCCUUCAUUUGUGGUGUUUAUAGUUCUCAUGUUAGCGAAUCUGCAAUGGAUGAUAUUGAACAAGUCAACAAAGGUGGGAAUUAUGAUCAAGUGGAUAUGAAACUAACAGAAGAACAACGUGCGAGUUUCCAUUCUAUAAAAAGCAACAAUCGAAACAGAAGAUCAAUCUAUGAUAAAAUGUAUAACGCUAGAUGGUCUAAAGCUGUUGUUCCCGUGAAUCCGAAAAAGCAACAAUAUAUAAAGCUAUCAGGAAUAUCGAGAGCGUCUCCUGUGUUCGUUUUAAGGAAUAUCCUGCAGCUUCUGCUCCCGUGGAUCACGUGGAUAUCUACAGAGGGUCCGGAUGCUGGUCGUAUAUUGGUCGGACUGGAGGACGUCAAGAUUUAUCCUUGGGUUAUGGUUGUGUCCAUGUACAUACUGUCAUUCACGAGCUUUUGCAUGCUCUUGGUUUUUUCCACGAACAGUCACGGCCAGAUAGAAAUCAAUAUGUCACCGUUAACACAAGGAAUAUUAGAGCAGGUAAUACAAGCGAAGCUAAAACGAAAUUUAUUAAACACUUGUUCAAUUAAAUAUAUUUACUGUUUAAAAAUGUGCUGUACUCUAUACAUAACAAUUACAUUUGAAAGAUCUACGUUGUUGCUAACAUGUUUGAUCUUCCACUUAGGUUAUGAAUCAAAUUUUGACAUUUCUGAAUAUUCCCAAAAAGAUGGAUUUGGUGUUAAAUAUGAUUCAGAAUCUAUCAUGCAUUAUGGAAGGUUUACGUUUGCAAAAUCUGGCUCUGCACCAACAAUUGUGCUGAAAUCUAACCCGAAUCAACCUUUGGGAGGAAGAAAAUUAACUCCAUCUGAUAUUCGACAGAUGAAUUUAUAUUACGAGUGUGAUGGGUUUGUAAAAACUACAACCACUACUAAACGUCCAACAACUACAACAACGACAACAACGACAACACGUCCAACAACUACAACAACGACAACACGUCCAACAACUACUGCAACGACAACGCGUCCAACUACUACCACGACGACAACACGUCCAACAACUACUACGACGACAACACGGCCAACAACUACUACAACGACAACACGUCCAACAACUACUACAACGACAACACGUCCAACAACUACUACAACGACAACACGUCCAACAACCACUACAACGACAACACGUCCAACAACUACUACAACGACAACACGUCCAACAACUACUACAACGACAACACGUCCAACAACCACUACAACGACAACACGUCCAACAACUACCACAACGACAACACGUCCAACAACUACUACAACGACAACACGUCCAACAACUACUACAACGACAACACGUCCAACAACUACUACAACGACAACACGUCCAACAACCACCACAACGACAACACGUCCAACAACUACUACAACGACAACAACAACCAAAACGACAACACGUCGAACAACAACCACGACGACGACAACACGCCCCACAACUACAACUACGACAACUACAUCUAGCACUAUUCAAGCAAUUAAUUGCGGUCGGCAAGUAGAUGAAUCUCCGAUGUGUUUCAUUAUUGCAAGCAGAUUUUUCGAGGAUUUCUAUUGCAAUAGAAGAAUGUUUAGUGUAUGUCAUCGUGCUUGUUGCAGCUGGAGAAAAAGAAACGCAUUUUUAGUUGCAUCAACGCUUUCACCAUAUAGCAUUAAGAAAGUAGCAAAACCGACAACCACAGCAACAACAACAACACGUCCAACAACUACCACAAAGACAACACGUCCAACAACUACCACAACGACAACAACAACCAAAACGACAACACGUCCAACAACAACCACGACGACAACACGUCCAACUACUACUACGACCACAACACGUCCAACAACAACCAAAACGACAACACGUCCAACAACAACAACGAAAACGACAACACGUCCAACAACAACCACAACGACAAGACGCCCAACUACUACUACAACGACAACUCGGCCAGAACCGAAUAUUCAGUCUGCGAAAGUUUGUGGAGAUGAAACUUACCUAUGUGCAAGAGCUUUUGUAAAUCGAAAUAUAUGCGCAUUUCCAAAGUUUUGCAGACGAUCGUGUGGAUUAUGUUCGGGUCCUAGUGAAAAGAUGUGUGACCUUCUCGUCGAUGCAAUAAAUGUUGGUUGUAAACACAGAAGAAGAAGAGGACAUUGUGUCUCGAAUAACAAGAACAAGAGGAGAAUGAUGAAGCAAGAGUGUCCAAGAACAUGCUGCAUGCGUGGACAGUUUUACGAAUAA